AUGGUCCGGCUAGCAUUACCCUCCCGAUUGAGCUCGCACCUCUCCGCGCGCAGCGCGUCGUCGACCCCCGGCCAGAGCCGAAGCACAAGUCCGAUGAGAUCAUCAGAAACAAAACCUUUGCUGCUCAAGGUCUCGGUGAUUCGGUAUCUGGUGGUUACAUUAGGAGAUGCGAGACAAUCGACGCCAACGAUAUUCAAGACCCUCAACCCCGAAUGGAACGUUUCGUUUGAAAUGCCCGUUUUGGGCGUGCCUUUACUGGAAGGAAUAUGUUGGGACCAUGAUCGAUUUGGCAAGGACUAUUUGGGCGAGUUCGAUAUUGCAUUGGAGGACUUGUUUGCGGAUGGUCAAUUGAACCAAGAGCCUAAAUGGUACACCCUCAACUCGAAGCGCAAAUCUUCCAGGAAGAAGGACAGCACCGUGUCGGGUGAGAUCCUGCUGCAGUUCUCCCUUGCCGAUUCCGCGAAUCCCGCUGCGACACCGGCGGACAUCCAUCGCAAAUUCAAGAGACUGGUUUAUUCUGGAGAUGAGGACGACCAAAUACCGCCUGCCGGGUUCGAAGAUCUCGAUCAGGAUGAGGAUACCUCUGAUGAGCCCGACGACGUCGCAGGGUCAGAGCCAGUGGAAAAGCGUCGCCGGCGACUUCGGUUGGCUCGUCUGAGACGUAAGUCUCUGGCAGCUCGUGCUUACCAGUUCUCUGGAUCGGGGACCGGAGUACAAGGUAUUGUAUUUAUGGAAAUUGUUCGCGUGACCGACCUCCCUCCCGAAAAAAAUGUGACGAGGACAUCAUUCGAUAUGGACCCUUUUGUGGUCACCUCCCUGGGAAGAAAGACGUUAAGAACGCCAGUCAUUCGCCACAACCUGAAUCCGGUGUAUAACGAGAAGAUGGUUUUCCAGGUGAUGCGACACGAGCAGAACUACACCAUCAGCUUCACCGUGAUGGAUCGGGAUAAGUUCUCGGGCAACGACUUUGUCGCCUCAGCAGGCUUCCCUCUCCAGAACCUGGUGCAGUCCGGCCCAGACGCAGACCCUGAGACUGGUCUCUACCAAUUCACGGAGCCGGAUGAGGUUGAUCCCACCACCAGUGCCAAAUUUGGCACGCGGUCUGGAGUCAGCCCAUCACGAAGUGGAAUUAGUCCUUCGCAUUCGUCAUCUAGUCUUUCCAGAAUGGCUCGACCGAUUUUGAGAACCCGUAACUCCUCGACUUCCGUUUCUAGCCAGUCCAUCCCCGAAGCACCGGCACCAACUCUGCUCGCACCAUCCUCUCUCCCCUCGUCUCUCCCAGAAGAGCUAGACAGUUCUAGUACUUUGCAGGUGCCCCCGACGUCCAACAUGUAUGAUGGUGAUACGGCACCGCCAGCUGAUGAGGAUGGGUUCAGGCCAUUUGCGAUUCCUCUUAUGCUAAAGAACCGAGAACGGUGGGAAGACAAGCACUCGCCGGUGUUGCACGUCAAAGCAAAAUAUCUGCCUUACAGCGCUCUGAGACAACAAUUUUGGAGACUGAUGCUCAAACAAUACGAUGCAGAUGAGAGCGGUCGCAUUGACAAGGUUGAGAUGACAACAAUGUUGGAUACACUGGGCUCAACCCUGAAAGAAUCAACAAUUGACAGCUUCUUCGAACGCUUCAGCGAAGCAAAUGAAGCCAACGAGACAGACGAUUUGUCCUUUGAUCAAGCAGUCGUCUGCCUGGAGGACACGCUCCAGACUUUGCAGAAGCGAAACUCGAUGGCUGUUCCCAGAGUUUCGCUUCCUCCAUUGUCAUCAAACUCUGGAAGCCAGGAUAGUGACCCAUCCAGCAGUGAUGAGCAGACAUUAGAAGGCAGCACUACUGCUGCAGCCAAUACCGAUCCCCAGCAAACACAAAUUCCAACUCUGUCGAGUGAAGAUCAGAGCUCAACAGAUGAAUACCUCCAGCCUGAUGAUCUUGCAGAUGAAAGAGACGAGGAACAUGUGGUGGAAAUCCGCGAGUGCCCUCUUUGCCAUCAGCCACGCCUCGCAAAACGGUCGGAUGCAGAUAUCAUCACACACAUUGCCACAUGUGCAAGCCGGGAUUGGCGACAGGUCGAUAAUCUGGUCAUGGGUGGCUUUGUGACAUCCAGUCAAGCACAGCGCAAAUGGUACUCUAAAGUCAUCACGAAGAUCUCAUACGGUGGCUACAAGCUUGGAGCCAACUCCGCCAACAUUCUUGUCCAAGAUCGGAUCACAGGUCAGAUUAACGAGGAGCGUAUGAGUGUCUACGUCCGCCUUGGAAUUCGACUCUUGUAUAAAGGUAUCAAGAGUCGGGACAUGGAAAAGAAGAGAAUUCGCCGUGUGUUGCGCUCUUUGAGUGUCAAGCAGGGUCGCAAGUAUGACGAUCCAGCCUCGGCGUCUCAGAUCCAGGACUUCAUCAAUUUCCAUCAGCUGGACAUGUCUGAGGUCUUGAUGCCUAUUGAAAAGUUCCGCAACUUCAACGAGUUCUUCUACCGUGCUCUCAAGCCCGAUGCCCGUCCAUGCUCCGGUCCUAAUGAGCCCAAAAUUGUCGUAUCUCCCGCCGACUGUCGCUCUGUUGUCUUCGACCGCAUGAGCGAUGCAACCGGUAUCUGGGUGAAGGGCCGUGAGUUCUCAAUCGAAAGAUUGUUGGGCGAUGCCUACCCGGAAGAUGCUGCUCGGUACCGAAAUGGUGCCAUGGGAGUGUUCCGCUUGGCGCCUCAGGACUACCACCGCUUCCACAUACCUGUUGAUGGAAUCAUGGGCGAGCCUAAAACCAUCGAGGGCGAGUAUUACACGGUCAAUCCCAUGGCGAUCCGAUCUUCUCUGGAUGUAUAUGGUGAGAACGUUCGCAUUCUCGUUCCCAUUGAUUCCGUCGAGCAUGGCCGGGUAAUGGUUGUCUGUGUCGGUGCCAUGAUGGUAGGUAGCACGAUCAUCACCCGCAAAGCCGGCGAGAAGGUCUCACGAGCUGAGGAGCUGGGCUACUUCAAGUUUGGUGGUAGUACCCUUCUGGUGCUCUUUGAAGAUGGCAAGGUCAACUUUGACAAGGACCUGGUGGAUAACUCCAAGGGUCCGUUGGAGACUUUGAUUCGUGUGGGCAUGUCGGUUGGACACAGCCCAGACAUCCCUCAGCAUGAGCCUGACAUGCCCAAGAAGGCAGAGAACAUCACUGCUGAGGAGAUGCAAGAAGCCAAGCGACGCAUUGAGGGUAGCCUAGCCCCUCCAGGAAACCCCUCAACCAUGCUCAAAACGAUCAAAUGA